GGUAAUAUUAUAUAAUAUUAUACAUUAUCUAUGGUUGUAUGGUGGUUUUUAUUUUUUGUCGGAUUCCGAUUUGUGGAUUAUUAUCAUGUGACUUUAUGUUUGAUGGUUAUUUGUCGUAUUGCUUUUUGUCGUGCUUCGCCUUUACUUCACUCAUAUCACAAAGUCGGCUAUCUAGUUGUUUUAUAUAUCCGUGCGUUAAAUAUUUGUUUUGAAAUGAUAAUGGAUAUGUUAAACACGUGAUCUGUGUAGUUAAAAGAAAUCAAUUCAGUAUUACUUAAUACUUAUAAAUUAAUACUAUACCUAUUAAAAAGUAAUGAAUAAAAAAACGGUAACCAAUAUGGCCUCACAAAUUCAAGUAAAAUUUAUCACUACACAAGAACAGUAAGUUUUUUUUUUACAAAAAUAUACAUAUGUAUCUUAAAUAUAGAUAAUAUAUUAUAAUACAAUAUUGACAUUAUUAAUAUUAUUUAUUAUAGGUUUUAUGUUUUGCAUUGAUAGUUGUUAUGUACCAUUAGAUAUAUACUAUAUUUAUGUACCAUAAAUAAUUAGUGCUAAUUUCUGACGUACAUCCCUAGGAAGGGUUUUCGUAAAUUUCCAAGGGGUUAUUCUAAAGGCAGAGCCGGAUUUAGGAACUUUUAUAAUUGGGUAAAAAAUUAAAAAACUGCUUAAUGAUGCCUUUUUUUUUGUAGCUCGUUAAAAUACAGUUAUUUAUAUAACAUAAUACUUGUUUAUUUGAUUGUUAACAAGAUGAUUCAUAAUAGGACCAUAACUCAUUUUACUUAUCCUAUCACAUGUAGUGAUGCCAUUUAUUUUCAGGAGGUGGAAUACAUUUUUCUCCAGAGUAAAUACCCUCCCCAUGGUCACCCCCUAAAAUAAACACUAAUCAAUUUUUGUUUACAGAUAUGCUAUACCAGAUUUUCCAUUAUCAAUUGAUUCCAAAAUUGAAUGUAAAAGCUUGAACAUAAUUGUUAACAAGAUAUUGAAUGGUAAUUAAAUGCUUAAUAUUAUUUAAAUUAAUGAAUUAUGCACUUGUUAGUUGAUAUAGACUAGUAAUAUGUAUAGUGUGUGCCUAAUUUUGUUUUGAAUGUAUUUUAUAUAAAAAGGUACUGAAAAUCACAAAUAUUUCUUAAAACAACUUCAUUAACUUUUCAAACACUACUAUCUUGUAAAAAAACCAAUUAUAAAUCAAUUAAGUGAAUUAUUUAUUUUUUAAUAAUAAGUACAUAUACAUUUUAGAUGUAAUUAAACAUAUCAGUUUAUUGAUUAUAUUUUUUUUUGUUUAGAUAAACUAAGCGAAGAUAAUCAAGAUGCAUUAAAUGUUGAUUUUGAUUUUUUGGUCAAUGGUGAAUUGUUGCGUACCCCUUUGGAUGUUCAUCUGUCUCAGAAAAAUGAACCCAAUGAAAAAGUUGUGGUCAUUGAAUACAUGGAAGCGACUCCGUCUCCAGAACCAAUGGAUUGUCUCAUACAUGACGACUGGGUGUCAGCAAUACACUUUAAAAAAUCAUGGUAAAUUGUCUGAACGAUUCAGUUCCAGUUUUGACAAUACACACAUAAUAUUGAAGUUGAAUUAUAUUAUAUUGUUUUAAAAAAUUAAUAUAGGAUUAUAACAGGAUGCUAUGACAAUUCUGUUCAUAUAUGGACCAGUAAAGGAAAACAUAAAAUAGGUAUUUCUGGACAUACAGGACCCGUGAAGGCCAUUAAGUGGAUAUCUGUUUCAGAUGAUUCUGCUACAUUUGUCAGGUAAUUAAUAGGACCUUGUUAAUUUUACAAUGUAUACAAUUUUAAUGUUUAUUUUAUUGGUUUUAUAUGAGUUAUGUAGUAGUGUGGAAAACAUUUAUGAACAAUAAUGCAAAACAUGUCAAUCUAUAUUUUAAUCCCAAUCUUAGCCCCUUCUUAAAAUACAUCUUCCUCUUGCAAUUUUUCCUAUUUUUUUUUCUUUUGAAAUAAUGUCUUCAAGUUCAACUGUAGAAAUAAAUGUACAAAAUGUAUACAUUCUUGUUAAUUCUCAUGUUGACAAACUCUCCACUCUAAUUCUUUAUACAGUAAUAAGUGAUUUCAAACUUUUUUUUAGCAUAAAUAUUACAUUUAUUUUGCUUGAGGUUAUUGAAAUUCUUCCAGUGGAGUUAUACCUUUAAUUCUAUAAUUAAAUAUUUGAAUUUAGUGGAUCUCAAGAUCAGUCAAUUAGAGUUUGGGAUUGGGAUAUAAAAAAAGGAACUACUAAUUGUCUGCAAAUUGGUCGUGGACACGAAAGAUCAGUUGAAUGUUUGAGUGUGAGUCCAGAUUUAACAAGAUUUGCUACCGGUGGCUGGGAUACUAUGUUGAAAAUUUGGUCAUCAGGUAAAUAAAUGUCUUGAGUUUUUUGAUAUUCAAAAAAAAAUCUGGUAAAUAUUUAAAAAAUCAAUAUUUUAAUUAUAUAUAUUGAAAACAAACAAAUAUUUUUAGAUACAGUAAAAUCCAAGUAAUUUAUCAGAACUGUAUACUAGAGUCAACUGUUUAUUAAAGAAUUUGAGCAACUUCUAAAUAAAAUUGUAUAUUCCAAAUUUUUUUUUUUUUUUGGAACUUUGUAAAAAUUUAAUUAGUUACAACAUUUAUGCAAUAACAGAAAUAUAAAACAAUUUAAAAAUAGAAAAUAUGUACGUCAUUAACAUUCACUUAAAUAUUUUAAAUUUUAAUACAAAAUAAUCAUAAUAAAUAAUAGGUAUCAUAAUGAAUAAAUAGAAACAUAAUAGUGAUUUAAUUAAUGAGGUAAAGAUAAUUGGGCUAUGAAAUAUGUUAUUUAUGCAGUGCAGCUGUAAGGAGGGAAAUGAAAGGAUUUAUUAAUGCGGAAAUUCUGAAAUAAAUUUGGAAAAGGAUUAUCAUUAUUAGCAUUAUUGGAUAAUGGGGUAUUAUUAGAAUUGACGGUGGAGGCAUAAGAACCUUUGGGAGGGUGAGAUGAUGAUUUGUGUAUAAAAACGUGAGUACUUUGGAUUUUGACAAAUUGGAUGGAUUGUUGAGUGACGUUUAACAAGUGCUUUAUAUUUUGGACAUCCUUUGUAGCUAGAAGUAUCAUCAUUCGUGCAAAAGACACACUUGGCUAGGCUGUUUUUGUCCUUGUCAACAAUUUCGAAACUGGGGUGGACCAUUUUUAAUCCUGUAGGUUAAUUUAACCUUAAUUUUGGUGUGCAACAUUGAUAUCAGAUUUAAAAUUUUCUUUCUAGUAUUGUGUAUGAGGUCUGUGAAAAACAGUGGGAGCGAGCGUCCAUUUUUGAUAAUGUUCACGACUCGACUGGCAGAGUAACCUAAUUCACGAAGAGCAUUAGAUAUAUCUUAGGGUCGAGUAGUGAAGAUUUCUUAUAAUAUUCACAUAAGGUCGAAAUAUUGGUGGCAUGAAAGCGUGAAAAGAAGUAUCGGCGGCCAAAAGAUGUUGCGUAAUUAUAUUAUAUUUUAGAUGUCCAUGAGAAUGGACAAUCAAAUGAGAAGGCGAUUACUUAUAUGAGAACCUUUUAGGGCCAGUGAGCUGUACCAACGUGUUUUUGAGAGUGGAGAAAUUAUUAAUGUUUCGGACAUGGAUUGGUGGUAUUGUCAUGUUUAGGGGAAAUAAUAGUUUUUUCGAUUAUGUUGGACACAUCAUAGUUAUUGAGUUCGAUUUCGUUGCCCUCCUCAGACGCUAGAACAACAAAAUGGUUUGGUGAAAUAAAUGUUUUUGGUUUUUUGUCAUUUUGAUUUGGUGAUAAUGAAGAAGUUGACAAAUUCCUUUUUGAGAUGAAAUAUGUGUUCACGGAGAAACUGGGCCCGCUUUUUGAAAGAUUUUGUUUAUAAUUUUGUUAUUAAUAAAGGAAUAUUUAAUAAUGGUGACGAAUAAUGAUAAAAAUACAAUUUAAUGAGCAUGUACAGAGAUAAUGGAACGAAAAACAUAACGUGCGUGUGUUCAGGUUGAACGUAACAACUGAACUAAUUCCUAAUUUUAAAUUGUUAUUUUUAUAAGACAAAGUGUGUGUGUCGAUUAAGGUCAUUAUUUUUCAUAGGUAAUUUAGUUUUAUUACAGUGUUUUAAUGUAUGUUAAAAUAAAUUUGAUGAAAAUCUUAAAAAUUACAACUUUUCAAAACAUAUGUAACCAAAUUUUAACUAGAUAAUCGUUUUUCAUUAGCUAUGGUUUAUCUUUAUGUACAAAUAUAAAUUAAAUUUUUUUAUUUACCUAUCCUACCGUCUUAACUUCCCACCUAUAACAGUAGCAAACUUAUCCCCAGUAAAAUAUAUUUUAUUUAUUAAAUUAAAUCACAUUCUAAACAUUCUAAAUUCGAAUAAGAUCAGCAAAAACCAGUAUUUUUUUUAUUGCAAAUGCCAUUAAUAAAUCCAUUGUAUUUUAAAGAAAAAAAAAUGUAAUAUUCUGAGUAGAGAUCAAUUUAAAAACUGUAUUUCUAUACUCCAUUGGCCUAUGGGAGAAGUACACCGUGUCCUGUAUUUCCCACCUAUUCGACAUACCAACAUUGUUUGAUUAUGAUCGUUAAUAAUACGAUACGAUCUACAUUCUCAAAAUAAUGUACUUCUCUUGUGGGCCGGAGUAUAGUUGUAAAUUACCUCUAAACAAAUAAUAAUUGAGUAAUUCAAAUAUAAUUUGUAUAAUUAGAUCCAAAUUUUAAGCCAGCUGAUGUUCCAGUUAAGAAACAAAAAUCAGAAGCAAAAAUAAUGGUAAGUUCUUAAUGGUACAUUCUUUAAUAUUUUGUUUUUAAUAAUUUUAAUUGUAUAAUGUAUUUUUUAUAGCCUCCGAUUAUGACAUUACCGGGCCACAAAGAGAAUAUAUCGGCUGUUCAGUUUAUUAACAACUCGGAUUUAUUGACCUCUUCUUGGGAUCACACUAUAAAACAUUGGGACGGUGAAAUCGGUGGAAUUAAAACAGAAAUUGUCGGUAACAAAUCUUUCUUUAAUCACGAUUAUUCAGAAUUAAAUGGAUCAAUUAUUACAUGUUCUUCUGACAGACACAUCAGAUUAUAUGAUCUGAGAUCAAAAGGUAAAAUAUCCGUUGCUUAAUUUAUAGCGUUUAUUUAAUUUAAAAUGUUUGGUUUAAUUGUGUAUAAUCGUUUUACAGAGGGAUCAUUAGUCAAAGGUACAUAUUCAUCACAUAAACAAUGGGUGACCACUGUGAAAUGGUCAAAAACAGAUCAAUAUCAUUUUGUGUCUGGUGGCUAUGACAAUCAGAUGAAACUGUGGGAUUCUAGAAGGUAAUUAAUAAACUAAUAAUUAGGCAUUCAACUUUGGUGAGUUACAGUAUUAACAUACACAUAAUAUUUUUCGUUUUAGUUCCAAAGUUCCAUUGUUCGAAUUGACUGGCCAUGAAGAUAAAGUAAUGUGCAGUGAUUGGACAAAUCCACAAUUAAUACUGUCUGGUGGAGCUGAUAAUACUGUUAGAAUUUUUAAAAAUAAAAAUGUUAAAAGUGUUUAGUUAUUAAAAUUUCAAUUUAUUAGGACAACAAUUUUUCCUAGUUGAAUCAAUGACUUGUACUGUUUAAACUUUUUUAUCCAUUAAAAACAACAUCUGUGAGCUGCAGAACUUCAUCUAUUGAUAUUAUAGAAAUAUUGUUUGUAAAACAAUAUUUAAUAGGCAAAUACUAUACCACAACUAUAAUAUUUCUAAAAAUCUGUAGAUGUAAGGUUUUAAAGUAGAGAUUUCAAAAGGCAAAUCCUUAAUACUAACACCAUGCAUGUAGAAAAUUGCCCUUUGACUCCAUUUGGGGGUCUGUACUCUGGUGUUCAAAGCUAAAAAAAAUUUUCUUACCACAACAUAGUGAAAUUCAACACGAUUUUUAUCACUUACCCUCUAUAAAACAACUCUUAAUUCUGAAGUUUGAGCUCGGAGGAAGUUUCUUAAAGUGUUCAAAAAUAACGGAAAAGAUAAAAAGAUAAAUAUAUAGGUAUUGUUAAUAAUAGGUAAUGCUAGAACACUAUAUGUAAAGCUAUUAAUAUUGAACUCAAGAAAAUAAAGGUUAAAUAACAUUUCAAAGUUACUUGGUUUUUAAAUUGUCAAACAAUUAUCAAAAUCAGAAUAUCUUCGUGGGACAUCCAACACUG